CAAGGACCUACGCGCCGCACCCGACGCCACGGAGACAUCAGCGGAGCUCAGCCGGGCCUGGGAAGCGGACUGAGGGACUCACCGACGGACAGCGGCGGCGACUGAAGGGAGGGGGGCGCGCCCGGAGGGAGAGAACCGAAAUCCGCAGCGGGGGCCGGAGCCAGACCUGAAGCCUCCUGCAGACAGCGCCAUGGUCGACACGGACAAUACCACCCUGCCUUUCCCCGCGUCCUCUCUGCAGCCGGACAACUACACCCUGUUGCCCAAUGCCAGCAGCCUGAGCCCCAGCUCUGACUUCCCUGUCACUCCCGCCUCCCACGCGAGCCCCAGUCCCGGGCUCAGUCUCGGGCCGGGUCCCAGUGUCAGUUUCAGCCCAGGCCCCACUCCGACUCCGGAGCCGACGACCGGCAGCAUCGCGGGCAGCGAUUGGGUUCGCCUGGGCGCUUCCCCGUUCCCUCGGCCCUGGGAUCCUCACGAGCCCCCGUUCUGGGACACGCCGCUCAGCCACGGGCUGAACGUGUUCGUGGGCGCCGCCCUGUGCAUCACCAUGCUGGGCCUGGGCUGCACCGUGGACGUGAACCACUUCGGGGCGCACGUCCGGCGGCCCGUGGGCGCGCUGCUGGCCGCGCUCUGCCAGUUCGGCUUCCUGCCGCUGCUGGCCUUCCUGCUGGCGCUCGUCUUCUCGCUGGACGAGGUAGCCGCCGUGGCGGUGCUCCUGUGUGGCUGCUGUCCCGGCGGGAACCUCUCCAACCUUAUGUCCCUGCUGGUUGACGGCGACAUGAACCUCAGCAUCAUCAUGACCAUCUCCUCCACGCUCCUGGCCCUGGUCUUGAUGCCCCUGUGUCUGUGGAUCUAUAGCCGGGCUUGGAUCAACACUCCCCUGGUGCAAUUGCUGCCCCUCGGGGCAGUCACCCUGACUCUCUGUAGCACUCUCAUCCCAAUCGGGCUGGGCGUCUUCAUUCGCUACAAAUACAACCGGGUGGCUGACUACAUUGUGAAGGUUUCCCUGUGGUCUCUGCUAAUGACGCUGGUGGUCCUAUUCAUAAUGACCGGCACUAUGUUAGGACCUGAACUGCUGGCAAAUAUUCCUGCAGCUGUUUACGUGAUAGCAAUUUUUAUGCCAUUGGCAGGCUAUGCCUCAGGCUACGGCUUAGCUACUGUCUUCCAUCUUCCACCCAACUGCAGGAGGACUGUAUGCCUGGAAACAGGUAGCCAGAAUGUGCAGCUCUGUACUGCCAUUCUCAAGUUGGCCUUUCCACCACGAUUCAUAGGAAGUAUGUACAUGUUUCCCUUGCUUUAUGCCCUUUUCCAGUCUGCAGAAGCAGGGAUUUUUGUUUUAAUAUAUAAAAUGUAUGGAAGUGAAAUAUUGCACAAGCAGGAUCCUCUAGAUGAAGAUGAAGAUACAGAUAUUUCUUAUAAGAAACUAAAAGAAGAGGAAAUGGCAGACACAUCCUAUGGCACAGUGAAAGCAGAUAAUUUAAUUAUGAUGGAAACCACUCAGACUUCUGUCUAAACAUGGAGACACAUAGGAGCUUCUAUCUUGCUGAAACAUUACUUCAUAUUUAUGGUCUGUGGUAGUAUAUAUGGUUUACAUAAAGGAUAACAAUUGGUUCACACGAUCAUACUUAUAACAAUUUUGAUCUUCCCAUUGUAAGGUUGCCUUGGUAUAUAGUAACCAAGUGUUUUUCACAAAUUACACAUCAAUUUCAUAAUAUAACUUGCACUUGGACUACUGAAGUGAAGCCUGAACAAGUUAAAUGUGCUGUUUGGUUUUCACCAUUACCAAUUUCUAUGACUGUUUCAAAUAUGUAAACUCUUAGAGAGCAGGGUCUUGGAAAUGUUGAAUUUUGGUGCACUAUCUUAUAUGAGUAAAAACAAGCUAUAUUUGUAAAGUAUAAUUGAUUUGAUGUAAUUGUUGUAAAAAAAAUGUGUGCUCGCUCAACUUAUGAAUAUCUAACAGUGUUGAAUUUUGACCUGUAUUUAGAAAAAAAUACCAAAGCAGGUCAAUUAAACCAUGAAAUAUAGUAUUUUAUUGUCAAACCUGUAUCAAAGCAGAGAAAAAAUUAUAUUAACGUAUUUGAUUACUUCAUCUGGUAUCUGUUGAUAAAGAACAGUCCACUCAU